CUGCUGUCCCAGGCGGGAGGCCGGGUCUUUCACCCGCGCCCCGCCCUGUGGCAGCUGUGGGUCUGGCCCCUGAGGGGGCGCAGUUCCUGGAGGCGGGCCUGACGGCAGAAGCGGUCGAGACGCUUCUCAGCGGACAAACACGAAAGGAAGAAUCCUCCUGUUUACCAGUUUCAUGCAACUAAAGGAACAGUUUCAAUGAAUCAAGGCAGGGAACAAAGGACUUGAUUAUGAAGUGAUGUAACAUUGGCUAAGUGCAGGCUCUGUGUGUGUGUGUGUGUGUGUGUGUUGAUGGCAGAUACUUUCAUGGCUGCUGUGACUGAGAGUGACAUUUUCCAGCAAGGAAAAUGUAUCAGUCUAAUUGGCACUCUGUUUGAAAUGCAUCAUCUGUGGACAGACAAUGGAACAGCGUGGCAGUCGGGGGCUCUUUGUUUUCUGCUGGUGUUGAGCUGCUUGGUGUUGUCUGUGUUCUCCACCAUCCCAGACCACCAAAAGUUUGCCAACCAAGGUCUUUUCAUCCUGGAGUUUGUCAUGAUUGUGGUGUUUGGGUUGGAGUACUUCAUCAGGAUCUGGGCGGCUGGCUGUUGCUGCAGAUACCGUGGAUGGCAGGGACGGCUGAGAUUUGCCAGGAAGCCCUUCUGUGUCAUAGACUUCAUAGUAUUUGUGGCAUCAUUGGCAGUGAUAGCAGCAGGGACGCAGGGCAACAUCUUUGCCACGUCAGCACUGCGCAGCAUGCGUUUCCUGCAGAUCUUGCGUAUGGUUCGUAUGGACCGAAGGGGAGGCACCUGGAAACUAUUGGGCUCAGUGGUUUACGCUCACAGCAAGGAGUUGAUCACAGCCUGGUACAUAGGUUUCCUGGUCCUUAUCUUUGCCUCUUUCCUGGUCUACCUGGCAGAGAAAGACAUCAACUCAGACUUCAACACCUAUGCAGACUCCCUCUGGUGGGGGACUAUAACUCUAACCACUAUUGGCUAUGGUGAUAAGACCCCUCGCACCUGGCAGGGACGGCUCCUAGCUGCCGGCUUCGCUCUUCUGGGAGUCUCCUUCUUUGCCCUGCCUGCUGGAAUUCUGGGCUCGGGCUUUGCUUUGAAGGUUCAGGAGCAGCACCGGCAGAAGCACUUUGAGAAGAGGAGGAUGCCUGCUGCCAACCUGAUACAGGCUGCGUGGCGUCUCUACUCUACAGAUGCUAAGCACUCCUAUCUAACAGCUACAUGGUACUUCUAUGACAGCAUGUUGCCUUCAUUCAGAGAACUGACGCUACUGUUCAGUCACCUCCAGCGACAGCGUAACACCAAGAAGGUUCUCCACAACUCCUACCACACGCUGCUGUCUGGGCUUCGGCCCUACAGCGCCCCCUACCUGUCUGGGGACAGGUACGCACCCCGCCACCUCUCACAGCCUCACAGUGCAUCCAGACAG